GUAGUUAUAUAAAACUCAUAUUUAACAGUGGAAGGCUUGACAGAAUCAAAGUUUUUUCCUUUGGUUUUACAACUGUGGCAAAAAAAAUUCAAAAUUUCUCAACUUUGAAUUCCAUUUUCUGUGAGCAAACAGGAGAAACUUCAAUUCAGCUUGAUGGGUUACCCUUUUUUUAUUCUCUUUUGAUCUCAUCUAUCAAGGGCUGUAUCAUCCCUUGUUUCAGUUUUAUGAUUUUGUUCUUACUGUGGUAUGUUAAUAACUUAAUACAUAUAUCUGUUGAUGUCCGAGUCUGAUAAAGAAAUUUCCAGAGUUGGUGGCACUGUUGAUGAUUAUGAUGAUGAUGAUGAUGAUCAGACGAUUGGAGUUGGUGGUGGCGGCGACGAUGAUGGUGCGGUCCUUGGGAAUGAUGGUGAGGAGAAGCAUGGAGGGUUUGGUUGCACUCAAAUUUUUAGAAGAAGAAUUAAGAAGGUGGUUCUGUUUCCAGUGUCACAGGCGAAGAAGCAACUCUAUAACAGAAGGCAAAGACAACAAAACAGAAGGGUUUCAUUUUCUGAUGCUUCUGCAAAUGCUGGUGAGAAAUUUGGUGGUACUAGUAGUAAAGUUUGCUCAUUUUGUUUUAUGCAACCUCAAACUUUGGAUACAUCUGAUGAGUCUAUCACAAGUGACCCCAAUGAUCCUAAGUUCUCUAAUGAGAUGUUGAGGUCUUUGAUUGAGAAUAAUGAUUUCUAUUCUAAAGAGUGCAAUCCCCACCUGAAUUUUCAUGGGUGAAUGAUUCGUGAAAAUUGAUAUUGUUGUUUUGUGGUUGUGAUUGUUGAGAAAUUCCUCAAAAGCUUCAAGGAAAAGUUGCGGUUUGUGCUGAAAUUGAUAGGUUUUUCUAGAAAGAUCAAACCUUUUCUUGCUUAAUUGGUCUCAACAAAUGCAAGGACUGCGUUUUGACAUAUAUUUAGAAAUUGUUCAUAUUAUUGGUCAAAUACAUUGUGGACGAUGAUGUGGCAUGUAGCAUUGUUUCUUGAAGCUUUGAUUGCAAAAGGAUGAGCAGCUUUAUGAAGUUUUAUCAUAUUUAUUUGAUGAAAAGAGCACUAUGAUCCACUGCCCAAGCGAAAGAGGUUAUUGAAGCCCCUUCUAGGUCUUCAAAUGCAGAAAAAUUUUGUUUACUUAAAGGUUAAUAUUGUUAAUAUCCAUAUUCUUAAGACAUGAUUUUUUUCAUUUCAUUCUUUGUAUACCAUAAAGUAUGAUUGAGUUUUGAGUUCAGAGUUCA